AUGCCUCUCCUCUACAUAUUAGUUCUUGGGCUUCUCCUCUCACACACUCCACGCUGCUGCUCUUCAGCACCUGCGAGAGAUACCCUCACUGAAGGCCAAGUGCUUGCCGUCGGCAACAAGCUCGUCUCGACGAACGGCAAGUUUGCGCUCGGCUUCUUCCAGCCAGCAGCGAGCACCGUCAGUAAGUCCCGGAACUCCACCGGCUCCAGCUGGUACCUUGGCAUAUGGUUCAAUAAGAUCCCGGUUUUUACUGUUGUGUGGGUUGCUAAUCGGGAGGAGCCCAUCCCCCACCUCAACAUGAACUCAACAAAGCUCAAGUUCUCGAGUGAUGGCAAGCUUGUCAUUGUCACAAACCGUGCUGAUGCUGUCACUGAAUCACUUGUUUGGUCCACUCAUAUUGUGAAUAGGACACAAUCCAGUAGCAUAAACACCAGCACCUCUAGUGUCGUUGUUCUCUUGAACAGUGGAAACCUUGCCCUCAAAGUCACGGAUAGCCCAUCAUCUGACCUACUGCUGUGGCAGAGCUUCGACUACCCAACAGAUGUCGGGCUUCCUGGCGCCAAGUUGGGCCGGAACAAGGUCACUGGUUUCAGUCGCCCGUUCAUAUCAAAAAAGAGCCUCAUUGAUCUGGGUCUUGGCUCAUACGGCAUGGAAGUAGAAAACACCAGCGGGAUCGUCCUCAAGCGCCGCAACAACCCCGUGGUAAAGUAUCUGAUUUAUGCAACCUCGGGAUCAUCAUCUUUGAUACCAAUGCUCAAGUCACUUCUAGAUUUAGAUCCUCGGACCAAAGGUUUGAACAAAUUCAAGUGCUGUGGUUUGCCUAUAUAUGACAAUCUAGGUAGUGCUGGUGGAAUUGUAGCCUUCAGACACACUGACUUGGUUCGUGCUACUAAAAGCUUUUCAGAAAAGCUUGGAGGAGGUGGUUUUGGUUCUGUAUACAAAGGAGUCUUUAAUGACUCGACUAGUAUAGCAGUGAAAAGGCUAGAUGGUGCCCGUCAAGGAGAGAAGCAAUUCAGGGCCGAAGUGAGCUCAAUUGGACUGAUCCAACACAUAAAUCUAGUCAAAUUGAUUGGUUUCUGCUGCGAAGGUGAUCACAGAUUACUUGUGUACGAAUACAUGUUAAAUGGAUCUCUUGAUGGUCAUCUAUUUAAGACGAGCAAUGGAAAUGUUGCCGUCCUAAAUUGGAACAUCAGAUAUCAGAUAGCCCUAGGAGUUGCUAGAGGAUUGUCCUACUUGCAUCAGGGUUGCCGCAAGUGCAUCAUACACUGCGAUAUUAAGCCAGAGAACAUACUUCUGGAUGCAUCAUUUGUUCCUAAAGUUGCAGACUUUGGGUUGGCAGCAUUUGUGGGAAGGGAUUUCAGCCGAAUUCUGACUUCAUUCAGAGGAACUGUGGGUUAUCUUGCUCCAGAGUGGCUUACUGGAGUGGCGAUCACACCGAAAGUCGACGUUUACGGCUUCGGCAUGGUGCUGUUUGAAAUCAUAUCAGGAAGGAGGAAUUCCUCACCUGAAACAUCAUACAACACUAGCAGCAAAAACAGUGACCAGAAUAUUGAUUACUUCCCUGUGCAAGCCAUCAGCAAGCUUCACGGUGGAGAUUUGAAGAGUUUGGUUGAUCCACGGUUACAUGGUGUAUUCAAUUUGGAAGAGGCUGAAACGGUUUGCAAAGUUGCAUGUUGGUGCAUCCAAGAUAAUGAGUUCGAUCGGCCAACAAUGGGUGAAGUUGUCCGCGUUCUCGAGGGUCAACAGGACAUUGAUGUUCCUCCAAUGCCAAGAUUGCUUGCAGCUAUAACAGAACAAUCUGGUGCUGCAACUUCAAUGUAA